AUGUCGGAGGCCGUCGACGCGCACGUGCGGCGCAAAUACGACGUCCAGGCGAAGCUGGGAAAGGGUGCGUACGGUAUCGUCUGGCGGGCGGUUGAUCGGCGCUCAGGCGAGACUACUGCGCUCAAAAAGAUCUUCGAUGCCUUCCAGAAUGCGCAAGACGCCCAGCGCACGUUCCGCGAAGUGAUGUUCCUGCAGGAGAUGUCGGGGCACGAGCACAUAGUGACGCUGCUGAACGUCCUCAAAGCCGACAAUGACUGCGACCUCUACCUCGUUUUCGAGCAUAUGGAGACGGACUUGCACGCGGCAAUACGCGCGGGAAUCCUGCAAGACGUCCACCACCGCUACAUUGUGUGGCAGGCGCUCAAGGCGCUCAAGUUUAUGCACUCCGCGGAGCUUCUGCACCGAGACAUGAAGCCUUCGAACCUGCUUCUGAACGGCGACUGCCUCGUCAAGGUAGCUGACUUCGGACUCGCGCGCUCCAUGCGAGACCUUGACGCCGCCUCACGAGGAGGGCCUGCGACGGUCAUGACUGACUACGUGGCGACCCGGUGGUACCGUGCGCCGGAGAUCCUGAUGGGCUCUCCGCGCUACACGUUUGGGGUGGACAUGUGGUCGAUCGGCUGCAUUCUCGGCGAGAUGCUCUCGGGGACGGCCGUCUUUCCCGGCUCAUCGACGCUGGACCAGCUGGAGAGGAUAAUGGGACUCACCGGCAAGCCCAAAGCAAGCGAGGCCGAGGUGCUGAGCCCAUAUGCACUCGAGAUGCUCUCGCAGCUGCAGGCUCCUCCGCCCGCCGAGACCACGUGGAGCAAACACUUUCCGUCCGCGUCGCCCGACGCCUUGGACCUGAUGCGCCGCUGCCUCUCCUUCAACCCCGCCCAUCGGCCGAGUGCAGAGGAGGCCCUCGCGCAUGAGUACGUGGCUCAGUUCCACGACGAGGCGGCGGAGCGGCGCGCCACGAGGCUUGUCGAGUGCAUCAUUGACGACAACACGCAAAAGGCGACCUGCGUGUACCGGGAGCGCCUGUACCACGAGAUCACAAAGAUGAAGCGUCGGAAAAAGAGCGCCAAGCAGGGGCUCCGCGGGGAGGGGCAAGGUCAGGGCGAGGGCGACAGCAUAUCGGCAGGGCUCGGAGCGCAGCAUAAUCCGCGAUAG